CUCCCAGAAAAGCAAAACGAGAUUCCAAAGAAGUCAGAGGCUACCAGUGUGAAAGAACCGGUAAGUCGUUAGUGUACAUAACAUACGAGCUGGAUUUCUAAUAGUCCAAAGAUUUCCCAAGGUCAUUGCUUGAUUCGAAGGGGAUCACAUCCUAUCUCAAAAAUGGUUUCUUCUGCUUCCUCUUUAACACCAGUUCCCAAUCUCUCAUGUCCUGACUCAAACAAUUUUAAAACAACUUACUUUUCCUGACGUGUGCCUACACUCUUUUCUCCGUUAGAGACCGUAAAUGAUCUAAUAGAGGCCAGAGGCGUAUAUUUAACAGUUUAGUAGUCCGAGAGGGGGCAUUUGACAGAUAGGAGGCGUUUAAAAGAAAGAAUCGUUUAUUCAGUCUCAUAACUGCAGCAAGCUCAACGAAACUUAUAAUAAAAGCAAUUGACGUCAAUAUAAUAAAUUGUCUAAAAGAAAUCGAGCGCGCCGCCGGAAGAAAACAAGAUUGAAUUCCUCGUAGGACAGUUUACUUCAACUUCAAUUUUAACCAGUAAGAACAAUACAAUACAAUACAAACUUUAUUCACACUUCCUAAAGAGGGCUUUUCAGUGAUAAUAAUAAUUAAUUAAAAACGAGAGUAAAUCUAAAAAUUACAAUAGUAUAAUGUUUAAUAAAAAAUGUUAAGAAAGCUAAAAUGUUAAUAAAUAUUCACGGAAAUUACAACUGAAAUAGCAACUUAAAAAAUAAAAUAUAUAUGAUAUAAACUAAGACCGAUAAGAUAGGAAAGCAGUAAUUAAUUUGGCUCUUAAAAGUUUACCCUUAAAAUUACGAACAGAGUUACAGAGUUAAAAAGAAUUGUCCAAAUUGUUCCACAGACUUACUACUCGGUAAAAUAAUAUCCUUUGUCCAGAUUUAGAUUUAAAUAAGGGUGCGUAUUUGCAAGAGUUAGGAGCUUCUGGUCGUGCGACCACCACGUGUUAGGCCCGGUUUAAACGUCGAAUUUCACAUGUGCCGAACUUAAGCGCUCUCAAUUUACGUACACUUCACGCUGCAAACUUAGUUAAUUUAAGCUGACAAAUUUAAUUUACGCUGCAAACGGCAUAGACGCUGACUUUGUCAGCAAGAUUCGACUUAGGUUCGACUUUUGAUUCAGACGUCGCAUUUCACAUGUGCCGAACUUAAUGAACAAAUUUUAGUAAAUUAUUAUUAUAUUACUGAGAAUAUUGACAGCGAAGAGAGUUAAAUUCGACAGAGUUCAGUGAGAUAAAUUCGACGUUUGAAUCAAAUGCCGUAUUUAACUAUUUUGGUCGACUAAAAUAGCAAUUAAAUUCGGCACAUGUGAAAUUCGACGUUUGAACUGGGCCUUAGAAACUUCGGUGAGAACGAGGUAGGUAGGAGCGGCCUCGACGGAUAACACCCUCCGAGAUCUCCAUAAUUCUUCAUAUGAUACGAAAGCCGAAUUCAAAAAUUGUUUUAUUAUUCAUUCAAAAUAAUUCCUAGUUUAAAAACAUAGCUAAAACAUGCUUACCUCCAUCGAUAUUAAGUUCAUCUUCGAUAGUGCACGUUUAGCGUUGUUCAGCUCCAAAUAGCAGAUGUCGCUCUUCAAGUUGUCUUCUUGCUGUUCUUGCCGUGUUUUUGGCUAUUAUUUCACCCAAUUCUUACUAUUGAAACGAGUAAAAUGUCCGCCAUUUUUGUUUUCACAACCAGGACAACUCAACCUCGUCCCCAGGGUUCUCGGUUAACGGUGCAUUAACCUGCAAGGGAGCUGCACUUUUGACGUUAUCGGUUGAUUAAUCGCAAAAUUCUUCCAAAUUUGGUCAUCAGUAGCUGGUGAUGGUGAAUUAGGCGUGUGCUUUUAGCCAAUCAGAAUCGCGGAAAUAUUUUGAAUGAGUAAUAAUGCUUUUUAGCGGAGCUCCACGCGCGCGCGAAGCGCGCGCGUGGGCGGAGCCCCAUAGCUAAGGAAAUCUACCUAUCCCAGAAAAUUUGGUAAUCACGUGACCGACCGACCGACCGACCGUCCGUCCGCACCAUAGGCAUACCAAUGUUUACUCUCACACUUUCUAGCUACUUUGGGAGCCCAGGAGAAAGCUGAUUGCACAUCAAUGUUGUCAUCAAUUGGCAGCUGUCAAAACAGGGUAUCCGCUGACCACUAUCACCUGACUGUAUCGCGGGCUCAGGUGUCGACCCAUCAAGGUCGAGUAUUUUUUGAAGUUAUCCGCUGACAAUUUACUCGUUUUCAAAUGAUCGCAGGCUCACGUUUACUUAUGUUUUAAAUUCACAACAAAUAUGUUGUGUUUGUGUCAGUAUCGCCCCGCACUAUUACGAUUUUGAUUUCAAACUGACCUCAGACGCAAAAAUUCAGCCAGUUUUUUUUAAAAUACAGGCGAAGAAGACCUUUUCUUACCAUGGUCACGUGUUGGUCACGCUCCACGUCCAGUUUUUAUGCUCUGAUUGGUUAAAAUUUGACAGGUGAGUUCAUGCGUAAAAUUUAUGCAGCAUCUUGAAAGUUGUUUACUUUGACAGCUGAAGCUGACAGAGUUUUGAGUCAACUUGUGAUGUUUUUAACUGUCUUUUUCCACUGGAUGUACAAAAUGAAAUACAGCUGCUAUCAAGAGUGUUCUCUUAUUCAUGGCUGGUUUGUUUAUUGGGUUUUUGGUUGAAAAAUGCGUCACUUGUCAAAGCCGAUAAUCCGAUUUCGGAUGGCAUCGUUUUUGUUUUUCACCUUGCUGGAUGCUUACGAGAAUUAUAAAGGCUCAAGCGAUCCUUGCCUUACUUGAUAGCUUUCAGGAGCUGCAUCUCGAAAUAUGGUAAGCCUGAGUAAUUAUUGUAUUUAAUUCUAAUUUCAUCAAGUCCAGCGGCGCAGUUUAUGAAGCUAGUUAUGCACGUUUGUAUUAAGAUUUGACUGAGACACUGAUCUGACCUAGUAUGAGGUUUGAUAUAAGCUUAAGCUUAGAGAACUUUAAAAAGCCUUAAGUCGAUAUUAAUUCACCGUAAAUAGAAAGAAAAAACUUUCCGAAGAAUAUUUAGUUAUGAUUUUGGCUGUAGAAAGAAAGCUUUGAACGAUUUUCUUGUUGUGAGUUCAUAUUUGAAAACAGCCAACACCGGGAAACCCGGGCGGCUUGAAACAGAAAUUUUAAGCUCACUAGUAAAGACUUGAGGAUUCUUAGACACACUUAAAUACUCAUUUGUUUUCGUGAAUGAAAAUUGUUGUCUCUGUAAAUGUUCCAUCGAAUUAUUUUUCUUUAUUGAUUUUUGGUAGUCUCAAAAGUGUAAUUUUCAUCACUUUGCCGUUUGUUUUCAGCCGUUCAUAAACAUCGCUUGCAGGAGUACUCAAAAUGCCAAGCGUAUCAAACGCUUUUUAAGACUACACAUCGUUAUAAAACCGUUAAUAAAAAAUAGACUCAAUAAAUUCUUUAUCACGUUGAAGCGUAACUCUUUUAAAAUUUCUUCGCAAAUUUGGCGCUUGUCGAAAGGUAGAACCGGCUGGCCGUAUAGGUGAUUUUGGAAAUUUUUUGAACGGUUUCGCUAAUUAAAAGUCCACGCGUGCUUCGCUGGUCCUGAAUAUUGAAUGAAUGCAAUUUGUCUUGAAAAAUUGUGAAAUACUGCAUUUUGUACGAGGUCUGUAUGAUAAAAACAGCGCCUCAUAGUACUCUUUCUCCUCAGAUGUGGUGUAUAAAAAAAUGAAAGAUUGGUUUGCACGCACCCAGAUUUAUUGGCAAGAAUUUGUAAACUUGUCGAACGCAAAAAAUUCGGUCUGAUUUAUUUUCCACGCCUUAUCUACUGUGAUCAAGAGCCAUCAUUGCUCUUAAAUGUGACCGAAGCCUUUUUUUUUUGGGUGUACAUAUAAGGCUAUAUCAACUCGAUACAAAAUUUGUUUCACUCCAAAAUCACUUAGCUUUUCCCUCAAAAGUCACAUGAAUGUGCCCUUAAGUUAACUCAUUUGUGGAAUACAAAAUUAUUGUUUUAUUUAAGUUAUAAAUUUAUCAAUGGGAGCUUCGCUUUUAGCUGUGGCUAAAUAUAUAUAUUAAUUACAUUCUGUCAUCAUUAGCAAAACCCGAUCCAGGUUUGUUUGAAAGUAAUUGUACAAAUCUGGUACCAGACAAACCGUUUUUUAAAAAAACAAAACUAGCUUAUGUUUAUUUCUCAUUAAUUUCACUUAUCAAAACAAAUAAGCACUUUUAUCAGUUUUCCCGUUUCUUUCAAACUUGAAAACUUAAGGUAAUUCCCUUGAAAUUGUUCUACUAUCAAACCUUUUUUUUAAACUUAGCAUAAUUCACAUUCGUGAUAUGAACAUUAAAAAAAUGCAAUAAAAAGAUGGAGUCACAGUGCUUGUUUACGCGUCAUCAGGUUCUUAAACUGGGGUAUUUUUACUGGUUGCGCGUUAAAAAUUCGAAUCACCUUCUUACAGAGUUAAGUCUUUGUUACUCGAAACACACAAAAGUUUAUCUUGAACAUCUUAUAUUCAAAUAAGCAGUAUUGCUUCAUUUAAUCCAUUUCUGAUUGCCUGGUUUUGGGGAUAUUACACUUUUUCGGCACAAUUCCGUGGUUGGCUUGAAGUCUUCGCCCUGACACAAAGACACCAAGUACGAAACUAUUUUCCAAAAAAAAUCAUCUUCUUCUAUCAAUUUUUUUUUGUUCUUUAGAUAUGUUCUUUAUUAGACUGUUCUUAGCAAAUACCUGUCAAAAAAUCGGGGGUCACCGUACUUGUUUCCUCACAAAAAGCUGUGAAAGGUGGACAUGGUUUUUGAGCUCGCAGUCAGGAUGGAUGAUUUGCGUUGCGGGGACUGGGGCGAGAAAUAAAAUAGCGCCCAUCGACAGGGCUGAAUAACGUACUACGCAUGUCCGUGACAUCACUUGUUUACCAAGCGUAGCUGCACGUUGAGCCGCACGGGGGAUACACCUUUGCGACGUGAAAAUCAUCUUUUAAACUCACGAAGAAGAGAUUCUGUGAGCACGUUAGAAGUGCAAGUCUUGUUAAGGAAUUUUAAGUAAACCAGGGAUCAAGGAAAACGCUUUUGACCCUCCCGGCGAGGUUUUUCAUUGUUUUGAUCGUAAAUUUAUCAGAAAGAUCGCUGAGAGAAAAAGAGCUUUGCUGGAGUUUUGGCGACUUUUCUCCAAUGGUACGUAAACGAUUUACUUUAAUAUUUAAUAUACUACCUUAGGGACUGGUCAAAAAGUAUAGAGGGGGGUGGGCCGGAGCAGAGAGGGGGUGGGUCAUGCGGUUUUGAGCCUUGUGCAAGGGGUGGGUCGUGCAAUUUUCAGCUACCCUUAGGGGGUGGGUCACCCUAUUUUAUUACAUAGAUAGGCACCAACUACUAACGAGACAGUUGACUACACUUGUUAUAUAAAACACAGCCAGCUGGAAUUAUUACUAAAAUACUCACAAACCUGUUGUGUGAGAAAGUACAAAAGGGUGACAGGCCGUACAUCUAUACGGGCGUGGAACCCUUAACCUUUUGUUUUGGCUCUUACGAGCAUGUCCUUCAAUGAUUUUCCUUUUUUGUAAGGAAAUGAUUGGUGGUUCUUUAAAAAUUUGUUGAGGUUACAGUUGGUUUUGUAUAAGAUUCCAUUUUUUCAUUCAAGCUUCCUUUAUAGUAGACACUGAGGGCUGGUAUUGUGUCACGAAUGGCAAUAUUUCUUUUUCCUCGUUGUUGUUUUGUUUUAGGAGUUUAGAGUCCCUUUUGUGAAUUUUAUUUCUGAUAGUAUGUUUUCUAUCAAAGAUUGUGGNUACAGUUGGUUUUGUAUAAGAUUCCAUUUUUUCAUUCAAGCUUCCUUUAUAGUAGACACUGAGGGCUGGUAUUGUGUCACGAAUGGCAAUAUUUCUUUUUCCUCGUUGUUGUUUUGUUUUAGGAGUUUAGAGUCCCUUUUGUGAAUUUUAUUUCUGAUAGUAUGUUUUCUAUCAAAGAUUGUGGAUAGCCUCUGUCCAUCAAGCGUUAUUUUUUAAAUUUGAAUUAUUGUUCUCAAAGGUUGUUUCUGAGGAGUUUUUUCGUAGGAUUCUCAAGGCUUCUCUUUUGACAAAUCCUUUUUUAACAUCUGGAGGGUGACACGAGGUGAAAUGUGUGUGCAAGAAGGUUUGCCUUUGCUAAAAAUGUGUCUUUGCAUCAAGGAUAGAUUUUUCCUUGAAUAUUGUGCCUUUGCCCGACCGUGUCUAAAAACGCAGGGUCAGUGUCAAAUGUUUCGGUCGUGAAUUCAAAAGUUUGCUUGUUCAAUGAAGGCUUCGAUGUCUGGUUUACUCAUGUCCCAUAGGGCAAAGAUAUCGUGUAUGUAGCAUUUCCAAACUGUUGUUCUACAGACAGUUUUGCUUAGAGUUGUUGUUUCAAUGUAUGUCAUGAAAAUAUUGGCAAAGGAAUCAAAUCUGUUGUCUUUGUGCCCAUUGCAGUUCCAUGGUUUUGUAGGUAGUCCUUUCCAUUGAAGUGGAAGAAAUUUUCUUUGAGGAUCGAUUAAUCUAAGCAUUUCCAGCAAGUAAUCUGUAGGAAUGGGUUGUCUUUUUAGAAAUUUUCACAUGCUUUGUGACAUUCAAUUUCAACAUACCCUCGUUUUGCUGUAUACUUGUGUCAAGACUCAUAACGUCCAUCGAAACAAGGAAUGUUGGGUUUUUCACAUUUGUCUUUUCAAUGAAAGGUACGAUUUCUGUGAUUUUGAUAUUGGUUGUAGCAGUAUAUCAACAAAUUUUUGGAACACAGAACAAGGUUUUAUUGGACAUGAUUAAGAGGAAACCAAACAUCCAUGUUUUAACUAGGGGGUGGGUUAUGCAAUUUCCAACCUUGCUUUAGGGGUGGGCCAGUCAUUUUUGUGCCGAAGGGAGGGGGUGGGUCAUGUGUUUUUUAUCAACCACAUUUCCAAAUGCUCCGUCCCACUCCCCCUAUACUUUUUGACCAGUCCCUUAUUACGUUUGAAGAAGAGCAAAUCUUUGUAAUAUAGCCGAGUGAUGACUCGUGUGGUUCUUUUCUUGGUGGCACGAAAGCGGGCAAUGAGCGCAAUGAUGCCAUCAGACACAAGGAUUUAUGCUUAGCUAUAGAGCUUUUAAACAUAUACAAAUGUUAGUGCGAUCAAAGAAGCCUUUUCUUACACUAAGCUUCAGCACUUAAUUUUGUUCGUGUACUGGCUUGUCCUAGAACAAAAAGGUACUGGCCGAGCUGCAGAAUAUAUUUAUUUAGUCAAGCUUGUUCAUUUGUUUAAUUUUUUUGCACUUUUAAAGUUUAAAGCUUGUGAAGUUUUGAGCAAAAACACACUGAGUUGACUGAGUUCCAUGUGAGUUUUCGUAUCAACUAUAAGUUUCCCAUUUAUAACAGGUCUGACUGAAGCAGAAGAAUCAAGGAAUGAAGAUCUUGACUUCAAAGAGAAAAAUUAAGAAAGAGUAAAGAAUAAAAAGAAUGUAAAAAAAGGGGUAAAGAGAGUUUACUGAGAGUCAGAUUUGUGCUUCUCCUGGUAAUGAAGCUUUGAGAAAACUUCAAGUCAUUGAUACUUUUUUACCAGCAGCCAUCGAUUGUGUUACUUACCUAUUUUCUCUUUUCACAUUAAUUUUGAUUGUUGUUGUAUACUGGUAAAUGCAAUAAAAUAGCUCUUGUCAGCUGAGAUGAGAAUGGGUCAUGUUUUCAAGGGUGCGUAAUAGUAAAGGCUACCUUUUAUUAGAGAGUGGAGAGGGUUUGGACCUCUGAUAAUUAAGAGUGUGCCCAUGAGAGAACCAGGCAGGAGGUGAUAAUGCUCAAAUCACGGAUUUCGCUCAAACUUGGCACAAUUGAUGGGUGUGGUGAGAUAUUAACCUCGACAAAAAAUAAGGUCGCAAUAUUGAAUUCCCUGGGAUUUACAGGGACCCCCCCUAAAAACGACAAAAUCUACUCAUUUUUGCAUAAUUAAUUAGCUGACUUUGGUUUGGCUGUUCAACAAGAAGAAAAGACAACUACAAAUCUAAUCAACUUUAUCACCUUCUAUGUUUAUCAAACUUAAUGCUCAGUAAUUUAUUUUUACUCUCUAAUUCGAUCUCUUCCUUUUAUUUAGCCUAAAGUAAGGACAUCUUCUCACUGUUUUGACCAAACCCUAAAUUUAAGGUAUUUUAGUGGCUAACAUCUCCCAUGAGCAACAACCUAUGUACUUAAUUCUCACAUAUUCUUUGAAAGACAUCUUUAAGGUUAUCAAAUCAAUCAUAAAAUAUUUGGGCAAUCUCAUACUUUAUCAAUAAUGACGUAUUAUGUACAUCUGACUUGACGCUUAUUUGUCAUUUGACCAAAAUUGGAAGAAACGUAACAUUCGUUUUUUUAAACAAAAAUAGCACAAAGUUGACGAGAAGUCACAAAUCAGAUGCGUCAUUAUCGAUACUAAUAGCGGAAUUGUUAGAACGUGUCACCUGAGGCAUGUUUUCUGUGUUAUUUAUGGACGUUUGGAUGGAUAUUUUAUGGAACGCUUGAGUAAACACAAGGAGCAAAAGAGUUAGUUCAAAACUUCGAUCGGUCCUACUUGUAGGUGAAACAAGACCCAACAAGGAUAAAAGAUAGUGAAUAAAUGUUACAUACACGUCUCUCAGGUGCUUUAGUCCAGAUUUGCUGCUCCAGUUUCGUCUGGUCCUUUGUGGCGUUACUUCGUGACGAGGUAAUGAAAUCGAAACAUCUUGAAACAUUGCAGAAUUAAAAGUGUCGGCUUUUCACCGAACAUUCGAAGUCUUUGAAAUAAGUUGUAGUCAGAAAGAACAAAAUCAUUCUCAAAGGACAAGAAGGAUCACUGACAAUCCGUCUAUAUCUACAGAAAACAACCACCUGCUCGAACACCCUCCAUCUUUGACUUUAGACUCUGCCAAAAAGAUGGAAUCUGUGACGCCGGACUACCGGACUCCGGAAUGCGGAAUACGCUAUCUAUUGUUGUACGCGCCAAUAUCCUGUUAUAACUGGUGUGUUGAAAAUAGGUUGUGAAAGUCGUGUUACUUGAAAUUUUGAGUUUAUUCGAUGUUGACAUUAAUUACCAUGAUAAUAAUGGUCCAUAAUAGCCCUUUUUGUAGUCAGACCGUGCCGUGCAAUUUUUAGACAAUUAAUGACUUGCCACUGGGUAUAAUUACUUACUUAGUUGUAUUUUAAUCCUCGUAGUCUUACAACUAUACAGGUUGGUAUCUGUAUCUGGGUAUAUUAUUGACUACAAAAAUAUAAUAAUAACCGUUUAUAAACGUGUUGAGGAAAAACUUCUGAGGAAUACAAAAGACCCAAAAGGGGGCACUAAUACAUUGCAAAAAAAGUCGGCUAGACUUCUUUGGCUAUAAGGAAGGUGUAAGAGAACAGUUUCUUGAACACAGACUAAUACACUAUAUUCACUUCUCAUUUAAGCUGUCAUUUGCGGAUUCAUACAGUAGAUUAAGUUCUCUUAACGGACACUCUCGUAUAUAGCGAAUAGCUCUACUUACGACCGCCAUCACAAAAUCCCGUUUCAACUCCCACACAAACUCUGGAUUUUUACAUUCCCGUAGGCGGCCGCGGACACUUAAAGGGUUUACCGGCGAAUUAGAUGUUAGCUUUGAUUUAAAGCUCUCCUAAGCAGACACUCGAAAGAAAUCUUAUCCGCCUCUGAAUGUUGUUUUUUUUUUUCAUAUCAUGUCCACAGUCAUAUGGCUGUUUGUCACUGUUAUGAAUCAUUCUUAUAUAUCCGUUUCAGAGUUACCGUUUUUUCACAUACUCGUCCGGUUACACUUGAAAAUACAAACUGAAUUGUAUGCUUUUACCUAAAUUACAACAAGGCAAGAACAUCAGCGUAACCAUACACUAAAAAACAGUUUUUUGCUAUUACCAGUGUUAAUUUGUAGCUGGGAGGAGCUUCCGUAAGCGGCUAUCUAACCUUUACACCACUUUUAAAGUGGCUGAAUUCCACUUGCAUAACUAUGCUGCAUAUGAGAUUCAUUCUUGUAAGCGGCCAGAUCCAGUUAAGGACACCUUUUUCUCGUCCCGAGGGCGCCCUCGUACGAGAGCUUCCACUGUAUUACAAUUUUAGGAUUUCUCUUACAUUUUAACAAAUUUUCGCUUAACGAGGCACAGUCGAACCUACGUGCGACCACCCAACUUAAGUGACCACUUCCCAAUAAGCGAUCACUUAUUCAACACACCAAAUAUAUUAUCAAGUCAAAGCGCUUGUAGUUGGAACCUCCUGUAAACGAACACAUCCACAUCCAGUAAGCGACCGCGACCACUUUUUACGAUGACAGUCUGAUUGAGAAUUUUCCAUGAUGCAAUGGUCUGAUCUCUGCGUUCCCUGUAUGUCCUAAGCUACUCGGAGUAUGAGAGGAACUUUAGAAACAAAUUAGAUUUAUCUAUAGUAUAUUGUAACUUAAAAAUUGCAUGCAGUACAUUCACUCCAAAAAGUAGAUGUGUCCGCACUUUUCCUCGUUAAAGACCUCCUGCAGUUCGACUCUCGUAAAACCCAAAUUUUCCUUGGGCAACCCCAUGGGCAUUAUUUACUGGGUGUCUUCCGACCACGCACGGACCGGAACAUCAAAUGUCUGUAACUUAAUUGUUGUGUCUGUCCAUAAUUCAACAUCUGCCUGCCUCAGCACGGCACACGGCUGGGCACUAAACUGGUUUUGGUGCCCAAGAGUACGCAAAAAGGCCCUUCCGAGAUCGAUGUCUAGGACGAGAAAAUUGACCUUACCUGGGUAGGGUGAGAAAUUUGAAAUCGAAGUAUUACAGUUGAAGUAUCUCUCGGAGGGAAUGUGGGAAGGGUGUUAAACAUAUGGAAGCGGUUGUUUGAGAAAAAUAUCUAACUCAAUGUGAAAGUGUGGUGUAUUUUGAAUUCUACUUGGGAACAUUAGUGCCACAGUUAGGCUUUAUAAGACCCCCAAAAGACCGUGCGAGAUAAAAAAAUUCACUGUUUAUGACAGUCAAAUCUGGUGCCAGCAGGGUAGGGCAUUUGUACGCAAUUUGGACACUCCCCCGGGGAGAAGGGACUCCAGUAUGAAAAAAAAAAAGGAAUUCUUGUCGCAAGCCAAUCUGGACGUGUCUCACGCUUUAUUUGUCUCUUUGAACUGGUCUGCACCAACAUCCGGCUUCACUUCGCUGCUAUUUCACGUGCAACUAAAAUAGAAAAAAUAGUUCUUUCCAAAACACGAAGACAAAACGACUUCUAUCUCCGAGUUUGAGAAGACAUGGGAUCAUUUAUAAUCAUGGUCUGAAUAAAGUUGCCAAUAGAUUUGGAAUUCUAAAUUAUUUAUCAGCAUACAAUAACAAUAAAAUAAUCUCAGAGAAUGUCGGAAAGUCAUUUUGUUCACUGAACUCUGGCUCCUGGCUCCUGGUUCCUGACUCCCGAUACGAUGUUUCCGUAUGGUGGCAACCGCUGCUUAAAAAUGCGGGCUCCAUUUAAUGUCAAAGAUGUCGGACGUUUGCAACAUGUGAAUUGAGCUACAACAGUGGCAGAAAUAAUUCUUUCAAUGGGUUAAGAAUCGGCUUUUUACCUUUCGUAUUGUUUUGUCCUAAAACAACUUGAUUUGGAUUUUGGUGCGUAAACUGAUGGCUAAGGAAUUUUAGUCGUACAGCGAGUCACGACGCUGAACUACGCUGAACUGGACAUCGAAGGUGGCAUGAAGAACAAAUCAAAGCGGGCACAAACUAGCAGUUGAGACAUCUAAGAGAUACGUAUAUGGAUUUUAUUGAUCGUUUAUAUUGUUUUUAGGGCGAAAUUGUUAAAGUAAGUAGAACUGUGAAUUAAAUCUUUGUAUGUUGUUUUUACUUGAAAAGAUCGCGUAUAUAGCUAUCAAAAAUCAUCGUUAGCGUUUCUUGCACAACAAUUUUUAUGAUUUUACCCUUAUUAAUGUUAAAUCAUUGUCUGAUGAGUUUUUUUGUUCGAUUUCUCCUCAUUCAAAGGCAAACACACGAAUAUUGUGAGGGCCUGAAUUUUGAUGAAAUAUGCAAAAGUCGUUCAGUCACAUGAACAGUUUAUGUCAACACAUGGAAGAAAGUGAAUUGCCCAAACUUUUUAUGAUCUUUUUCUCAACUUAAGUGAUGGCUUUAACUACUCAUGCAAAAGUUAUAAAGAUAAGCGGUUGCUCAUCAGAGAUAUUUGGGAAUAAAAUACCCUAAUUUUACGUCUUACUCAAAACUUGGAAAUGAUGACCCAACUUAAGGGGGCUAAGAGGGGGGAAAUCGAAUCGGCGACUUUAAACAGUUUAUUGUGCUUAAAGUCUUAUGAUGUCAGAUUAUCUCUCAGUGCAUUUAAGUUCCAGGUGGCUUUUCUGUUUGUUGCACUGGCAUCGUAAAGUUAGCUAAUUAAUUAUGCAUAAACGGGCAAAAUGGCGAUUUUUACAGGGGGAGCCCGGAUCUCCCAGGGAAUUUAAUAUUUUGACCUGACAUUCUGUCACAUAAGUUAACUCCUGACACCUAGCAUUUGUGCCAAGUUUGAGCAAAAAUUUGAUCGAAAUCGGUGAUUUGAGCAUUAUCACCCCCUGCCUGGUUCUGCCUGGUUUCCUCAUGGACACACUCUUAAGACUCUGUAUUGCACUCUCCUCACUGUAUGUGAUUUUUCUUUGGCUCUUUGGUAAAGGGUCUUAUUGAUCAAUCAUUUAUCUCAUUUAAGAGCUUCCUUCUUUAUUUAAAUGUCAGUUUGAAGACAGUUUGUAAUUUGAGAUGAACAGUAAUUUCUCUCUUUGGCAAGGGGAGACAUGUACGUUAGUUAAAUUAUUUCUAAUGUUAAAAGAAACAAAUAAAUAGGUAUUAUGGUUCUCAUAAAGGAAAAAAUACCAAACAACCACUUCACUUUUUAAGCCCAAUAUGUAAAAUGUAUUUAAAAUCAGUUUAUUAUUUUAAUGAUAUUACAUUGAGCUGAAUUUGUAAGAUUUUUUCGUGGAUAAGACCCACUUAUAUUGGUUCAGUGAUUAUUUAUUAUUCUUGUUAACCGUGUAUAAAUACAGUAUAAAUUCUUGAUCAGUUGGGCAACAGUUGGGUAACAAUUUUAACAAACAUAAAAAAAGGUUUACAUUAUCAGUUGCCUGGUGAAAGAGGGGGAUAUCAGGAAGCCAAACUCAGGAACACAAUCAAACAAAGUGAAGUGUCCCACUACAUGUUCAUACUGUUAAAACCUUGAAAAAGAACUUAGCUCUUGAUCAUUGGCAGUCGCAAUUGCCAACUAUUUGCAUCUUUUUCAUGAAUUAAUUUCUUUAAAGUCAAAAGUAAGGUAAUAAAAUGAAGCUAACUCAAGGAUUACAACUAGCUUGAAUUACUUCGAUGGUCUAACAUACUAAGACGGGUUGACACACUUCAGUUUCACAAAUGAGUCGGUGAUAGCUAAGAAUGGCAGGUUAGGCUUGCUCUUGUUCAGAGACUGAGCAACUGCGGAAGAUGGUUUUUCAUAAGCUCCAUGCACGUGAGCAAGACUGAAUUAAAGUAGAUCAAUAUAAAUUAGAUUCAGUACGAAAUUUUGGUGGCCUAGAUCUGUAGGUCUAGUAUGUACUUUAUUAGUAAAUCUGAUUGCAAUAGCUGGAUAGUGGAAGAAAGAAGAGAAACCUCAGUGAAUUUUUUUUAUGUUCUUACAGUUCUUAUAGUGAAACCUAGCGAAACAACAGAAAUUAAUAGUCGAUCAUUCAAGGAAAAAUAAAGAUGAAUAUCAAAAUGUUCCUUUAAUGCUAACACUGAUAUGAGAUGCCUGGCUGAUCGCAUGUUGAUAAGCCGUCGUUCAUUUUACGCUUAAACAUGUAAACAUUGGAAUGAAAGAACUGUGCUGCUUCGAACCUGCAUCUUCUUUUGUUCAUAGCAAAAAAUAUAAGAAAAAUUACAAAACUAUAAACGAGAAUUGAAUCAAGUAUGAAAUAAUCUACCUUCACUUUAAAUGAGAACCUUAGGUAUUCAGCAUCCAACUUAAAAAUCGCCAAAAUGUGAGGAUGUUUAGAAAAUCCUUUUGCAAACGAUACUAAUUUAGAAGAGACCCUUCGUUCGUUCGUCUUCUUUUGUUCAUAGCAAAAAUAUAAGAAAAAUUACAAAACUAUAACCGAGAAUUGAAUAAAGUAUGAAAUCAUCUACCUUUACUUUAAAUGGGAACCUUAAAUAUUCAGAAUCCACCUUAAAAAUCGCCAAAAUGUGAGGAUGUUUUGAAAAUCCUUUUGGAAACGAUACUAGUACCAGAUCCCAGACCUCUCCCCUCUGGGCACCUGCGCAGACGUUAUUCAGCUCUGUCGCGCCCAUCGUGUUUGAAGUAUGCACUCGAGAUCAAGCCUGUUUUCGGUUGUUUUUAUGCGUUUGAUAUUGCCAACACAGAAAUUCAUACUUGAAAAGAGUACAAUAAAUACCAAAGAAUGAGGUAAGUCAAAAUUUGAUGAGAUUUUGGAGUUAUGAAUCUUUAUUUUGGACUAUUUUGUAUCGCCGGCGUUCGGUCUAAUUCCAGUGAGCUCGGGUUCGAUUUUUUGGUUUUGCACAAUAAUGCUUGACAGAGAAACUUAAAGAAAAGACUAUUGAUUCCUAUUCUUCAUCUGUUCGCUCGUUUAGUUUCUAUAUACAGCAAAAUGUGAAUUCAGCACCAAACUUCGUGUUUACAUCAAAGAUUGGUCUUCCUCGCAUGGUCCUGGUGCUACGGUGGGUCUUAUUUGUUCCAGAAAUAUUCGUCUCUCCACACUUUAGUUUGAACAAGAUAUGUACAGUAGCGAUCCCAGGCCAGACACUGGCUCGUGCAUGCAAUUGGAGAGUCGUAGAGCUGUCCCACAGGCUUCACAGCCACCAUCCAAAGCCUCAGCUACGAAAUUUUAAUAACUCCACAACUCAACGGCCGCGAAGUGAAAAACCACUGCAGACGUCGGGAUCACGCACAUUUCUUUCAUUUUCUUGUUUUUCGAUAGCAAACCAGGAAGCUCUCAGCCGAUCUGCGCCAUUAUUAUUGCGAAUAAAAGCUUUAGCUGUGCAAAAGCGGCUCUUGUUUUUUCUUUUCGCGCUAGCGGGAAGAACCGCCGCCAUCUUGGAUGUCGCAAUAUUAUGCGCAGUAUAGGGUGCACAAUGCAAAACAAGUGAAUUGCCUUAAGGAGGCGUUUAUCAGACAAAAGGCGUCCAUUUGAGAGCGGGCGUUAAUUACGUCACUUACUGUAACUGGACUUGUCAAAAGGAGUACCUUCAUUUAAACCUAAACUGGCUCUUUAAUUUAAGGUCACUAGUAGUAAAGAAAUUUUUAACCGCUUGAGUUCUCACAAAGGCUGUUAAUUCGGGAUUCCUUAAGUCUAUUGGUAGUGAUAUGAAUAUAGUUUCUUUUUUCUCCCAGGACCUUUCAUUCUUAAAAAUUGAUUACGGCAAUACUAAGAAUAGUUGACAAAAGUCCCAUUCCGGCCAUAUACAGACAUAUCAUCUUAUGACAAAUCCCGAAAGUAACAACUCGACAACACCUAACAAAAUGCUAAUAUAUAGAUUUAGCCAGGGCUAAAAGCGAAGCUCCUAUAUAUUAACUCGAAUUUAUAAUUUAAAUCAAACAAUAAACUUGUUUUCCACAAUUCAGUUAACUUUAGAGCACAUUCAUGUGACUUUUGAGGGAAGGUUAAGUGAUUUUACAGAAAAGUAAUUUGCAAACAGUCCAAGCUAAGAGUGAACUUAAUCUUACAUGGAGUUGAUAGCCUUAUAUGUACACCCAAAAAAUAGCAAACAUCUUCGAUCACAUUUAAGAGCGCGGGCUCUUGAUCGCAGUAGAUUAGGCCUGGAAAACAAAUCAGGUCGAAUUUUUUGCGUUCGACAAGUUUACUUUACAAAAUCUUGCCAACAAGUCUGGGGACGUGUAACCCAAACUUUUAUACUUUUUAUACAUCACAUCUGAGGUGAAACAGUGCCAUGAGGCCCUGUUUNAUAUAGAUUUAGCCAGGGCUAAAAGCGAAGCUCCUAUAUAUUAACUCGAAUUUAUAAUUUAAAUCAAACAAUAAACUUGUUUUCCACAAUUCAGUUAACUUUAGAGCACAUUCAUGUGACUUUUGAGGGAAGGUUAAGUGAUUUUACAGAAAAGUAAUUUGCAAACAGUCCAAGCUAAGAGUGAACUUAAUCUUACAUGGAGUUGAUAGCCUUAUAUGUACACCCAAAAAAUAGCAAACAUCUUCGAUCACAUUUAAGAGCGCGGGCUCUUGAUCGCAGUAGAUUAGGCCUGGAAAACAAAUCAGGUCGAAUUUUUUGCGUUCGACAAGUUUACUUUACAAAAUCUUGCCAACAAGUCUGGGGACGUGUAACCCAAACUUUUAUACUUUUUAUACAUCACAUCUGAGGUGAAACAGUGCCAUGAGGCCCUGUUUUUAUCAUACAGUUCUCGGACAGGAUGCAGUAUUUCACAAUUUUGCAAUACAAAUUGCACUCACUCAGUAUUCAGGACGAUCGAAGCACGUGUGGACUUUUAGCGAAACCGUUUUAUAUAAAAACAUUUCCAAAAUUACCUAUACGGCUAGCCGCUUCUCACUUUUGACAAGAGCCAAUGUCGACUGUUUAAAUUAUGAUUAAUAGAGUUAUACGCUUCAACAUAAUAAAGAAUUUAUUAUGUUUAUUUUUCAUUUAAUGGUUUUAUAACGAUGUGUAAUCGUCAAAAGCGUUUGAUACGCGCGGCAUUUUGACUACUCCUGUAUGCAAGCGAUAUUCAUGAGCGACUGAAAACAAACGGCACAGCGAUAAAAAUUGCAAAAGAGACUGCUAACAAUCAAUAAAAGAAAAAUAAUUCGGUGAAACAUAUACAGAGACAACAAUUUUCUUUCACGAAGACAAGUAUUAAAGUGUCUCUGAAAAUCCUUGUUCAUGUUUUUCAUUUUGUAAGCUGGCUUCCCGGUGUUUGCUUUUUCAAAGAUGAACUCGAGGCAAGAAAAUCGCUCAAAGCUUUCUUUUACAGCCAGAAUUAUAACUAAAUAUUCUUUGGAACGUUUUCUUUCUAUUUGCGGUGAGAAAAUUUCUAAAGGCUUUUUAAAGUUCUACAAGCUUAUAAUGAAACCUGAUACUCGGUCAGAUCAUUGUCUCAAAUCUUACAAUUAAAAAAGUGCAUAAACUAAAUAGCCGCAUAAACUACGCUCGACUUCAUUAAAGUAGAUAUAAAAAACAAACGUCAAAUACAAUAAUUACUCAGGCUUACCAUUCGAGAUGCACUGAAAACUAUCAAGUAAGGCAGAAUCGCUUCAGACUUUUCAACCCUCUCACGCAUCAAGCAAGGUGAAAAACGAAAACGAUGCCAUCCGAAAUCGGAUUUCCGACUUUGACAAGCGACUUAUCUCUCAACCAAAAACCCAAUAAACAAACUAGCCAUGAAUAACAGAAGACUCUUGAUAGCAGCUGAAUUUCGUUUUGUACAUUCAGUGGAAAAAGACAAUUAAAAUCAUUACAAGUUGACACAAAACUCUGUCAGCUUCAGCAAAGUAAACAAGUUUCAAGAUGCUGCAUAAAUUUUCCGCAUGAACUCACCUGUCAAAUUUUGACCAAUCAGAGCAUAAAAAUUGGACGUAGAGCGUGACCAACGCGUGACCUUGGUGAGAAAAGUCAAAAGCAACUGGCAUGUCUUCCUUGCCUGUAAAAACUGGCUGAAUUUUAGCUUCCUAGGUCAGUUUGAAAUCAACAUUUUAAUUGUGCGGCACAUACAAAACACAACAUAUUUCACAUGAACUAAAAAAAAAACUUGAGCCUGCGAUCAUUUGAAAACUAGUAACUUGUAAGCGGAUAACUUCAAAAAGAUAUUCGACCUCGAUGGGUCGACACCUGAGCCGGCGAUACGGUCAGGUGACGCUGGUCAGCGGAUGCCCUGUUUUGACAGCUGUCAAUUGAUCACAACAUUGAUGUGCAAUAUAUGUGUGCAAUAUCAGUCUUCCGGUGCUCCCAAACUGGCUAGAAAGUGUGAGGAUUAAACACUGGUUUCCCUGUGGUGCGGACGGACGGGCGGGCGGGCGGUGUACGGUCACGUGAUUACCAUUUUUUUCUGGGAUGGGUAGAUUUACUUACCCAUGGUGCUCCGCAGGCGCGCUUCGCGCGCCAGAGCUCCGCUAUAAGAAAACUGGGUGCGCUUUGAAGUAACUGAAAAAUCAUAUUUAAUUAAAUUAACUUGAAGUUCCUAAAAUUAACCUUACAUACCAGCACGGCAUAUGUAUCGCGUAAAUGUCAGAUCAGCUUUUAAGCUCCAUUAAGUCUGGCUCCAGGCAAAUUUUUCAUCCUCGCAAACAAGUUAAAUUCUAACAAAUAAAAACUUUUUCAAGUAGUAAUAGCUGAAUACUUAUUGAAGUGAAUAGGUACAUGAAUUAAAUACGAAAGGAUCAAGAAAGACAUUAAGAUGAGGACAUGUCUCUAAUACACUUUUUAAGUUUGCAUGGUAUAUCUUUCACUAAAAUUUGAUCUAAAAGCAAGUCAAUUUUACAGGUGAUUGCUUCAUAUCAACCAUCGACGAAUUUAUCCGUGAAAAAACACCCCAUGGAAAUAAUCGAUGAUUUACUGGCAAGCGAUCAUGCUUGGGAAGGAAUGAGGAGCAGUUUUGGUGAUACAAUAAACCUUUCUGCAGGGGAUGCGAAGGACGUGGUAAACUUUUACAGCACACUACUUGCUACUGCCAAACAUCGGGGAGAUAAAGCGUUCGAAGGAGCUGUGUAUGGUAUUCUUGGUUUUGUUUUUCUGACUCAGCUUGACCACGAAAAGACCAUAGAAUAUCUCAGCCAUGCUCUUGAUAUUGCAAAAGAAUUGGGAGACAAGAAGAUGGAAGCAUAUUACUGUCAAUCUCUUGGCGAUGUUUUCCUAAAAGUCGGCAAUUUCAAUAAAGUUAUUGAGUACCAAAACGUUGCACUCAGUCUUUCAGUUGAUCUGGGAGAAAAACUUGUCGAAUGGACUGCUUGUAACGGUCUUGGUAAUGCUUUUCGAGGUUUGUGUAGGUAUAAGAAAGCAAUAGACUACUACAACCGCUGUCUCAGUGUUGCCAAGGACUUGGAUGACAAGACGUUAGAAGCAACCGCGUAUGGCAAUCUCGGUCAUGCUUUUGACUGUCUUGGUGACUACAAACAAGCCCAAAUUUUUAACAACCAAUGUCUUAGUAUUAACAAAAGUUUAGGAGACACGUCUGGAGAAGGAAUGAUGUACACAAAUCUUGGCAAUGUCUAUUCUGGCUUUGGUGAUUACAGAAAAGCCCUAGAAUAUUACAACAGGUCCCUUAGUAUUGCCAAGAAUACAGGAAACAAGAGGAAAAUGGCAGAGGUGUAUGGAGGUCUAGCAAAUGCUUCCCUUGAUCUUGGAGAUACAAAAAACGGAAUAAAAUACGCCAAUCUGCAACUAACUUGUGCCAAAGAAAUGGGAAACAAAGACAUGGAAGGAAGUGCGUACGGCACCCUUGGAAAUAUUUAUAACAGGAUUGGAGACUACAAGAAAUCCAUAGAAUACAACAAUCUCCUCCUUGACAUUGCCAAAGAUGUUGGAAACUUGGAAGCUGAAGGCGGCGCGUAUGGUGGCCUUGGUAGUGUCUUUGACAGCCUCGGAGAUUUCGAAAGAGCCAUUGACUACCACAAACAACAUCUUCGUCUUGCUGAAACCAUUGGAGAUAAAGAUGGGGAAGCAAUUGCAUAUGGUAAUCUUGGCAACGCUUAUCUUGGCCUUGAGGAUUUCACUGAAGCCCUCCACUUCUUUGAACAACGUCUUAAAAUUGCGAAAGACGUGGGAGAUAAGGCAGGGGAGGGUCGUGCAUAUGGCCAUCUCGGCGGCACUUUUCAACGUCUUGGAAACUACAAGAAAGCCAUAGACUGUUACAACCUGCGUCUCUGUAUUGCCCAAGAAGUGGGAGACAAGGCUGGGGAAGGGGCUGCCUGUGGCUAUUUAGGUACCGUUUCUCAGUUUCUUGGUGACUACAAGAAAGCUAUCGAUUGGCACAACCAACAACUUACAAUUGCUAAAAACUUAGGAGAUCAAGGCAUGGAAGGUCUAACCCACAGUUAUAUUGGACGAUGCUUUGAGAUGCUGAAAGUUUUACCUAAAGCACUAGAAAACUACCAAACAAGCGUUGAAGUUUUCAAUCAAAUGAGGAGUCUCCUCCAGUCUGAAGAUCGGUGGAAGAUUGGAUUUCGGAACGAAUGUAACUAUGCUUACACAGGCCUUUGUAGAGUUUUGUUAAAACAAGAAAAGAUUGAUGAAGCGCUGGCUGCUGCCGAAGAAGGUCGGGCCCAGUCACUAGCUGAUCUUAUGACAUUCCAGUAUGGUUUUCAUGAAGGUCAAACCGAAGGAAAGCGCCUUGACGAAGAGGAAUUCGGCAUGUUAAACAGCGCUUCAUCAAGCACGAUUUUUCUAUCUGUGUCAGAAGAUAAGAUAAAUAUCUGGUUACUUUUGAAAGAAAAACCUGUUCUUCACCGACAGAAGACACUUUGCCACCAUUUUUCAGAAAAUGCAGCAGCUGAAACAUUACAGUCCCUAAUCCAAUUUGCCUACAAAAGCAAUGGUGUUCGUGCAAAUGUUAACUGCGAGAAUCGGUCCUUAGAUGUGUUACGCGAAAACUGCUUUACUGUGGAACGAUCUUCCAAAAAGUUCUCACAGCAAAUUCUCCAAGAGGAUAACCUUCCCCUCGCCGCCUUGUACAGCUAUGUUAUUGCCCCAAUUUUGGAUCUCAUUGAGGGCGAUGAGCUAAUAAUUGUCCCGGAUGGUCCAUUAUGGCUUGCUCCGUUUGCUGCGUUACUGAAUCCUUUUUCCAAUUACUUGUGUGAAUCCUUUAAAAUCAGAUUAAUUCCUUCGCUGACAAGUUUGAAAAUUAUUGCUCAUUGUCCAAAAUUCCACAGCAGUAGUGGAGCUCUAAUUGUCGGAGAUCCAGACGUGAGUGAGAUUACCAACAGCCAUGGAGACCAGCCUGAACAGCUUCCUUUUGCCAGACAAGAAGCACAGAUGAUUGGGCAGAUUCUUAAUACGGCACCUCUCACUGGAAAAUUGGCCACCAAAUGUGAAGUGCUAAAACAGAUUAGUUCGGUUGCCGUGGUACACAUUGCUGCACAUGGACGCAUGGAAACCGGAGAGAUAGUGUUGAGCCCGAAUCCUGAAAGCCGAAAAUGGCAGACCCCUGCAGAAGAGGAUUACAUGUUGACAAUGAAAGAUGUCAUGAGUGUAAAGCUGCGAGCCAAGCUAGUUGUUCUUAGUUGCUGUCACAGUGGUCGGGGAGAGAUCAAAGCUGAAGGCGUGGUUGGUAUAGCACGUGCCUUUAUUGGUGCUGGUGCUCGUUCUGUUCUGGUGUCGCUUUGGGCCAUCGAUGACGAGGCCACGUUGGAGUUCAUGCAAAGCUUCUACCAUAACCUUGUUAAAGGGCGAAGUGCGAGCGAGUCUCUUAACCACGCGAUGAAAUGUCUCAGAGAAUCCGAGAUGUUCAGCGAUGUAAAAUACUGGGCGCCUUUUACGCUUAUAGGCGAUGACGUCACUCUCGACAAGCAAGAAGAAAUCAGGGUCUCGUAA